CAAAUAGAUCCCAAUGAUGAUAGUGAUAAUUUAUCAAGAAAAUUACAUAAAAAUAACAAUCGUAUUCCUAAAGCAGAUAAACUUUUGACAAUAGAUACUAUAAUGGCAGAAAAUUUAUUUUCUUCAAAUUCUUUACAAACAUUAACUAAUAUGAAUAAUCUCUUUUCAAAUAAUUCUUUUAUUAAUCCUUUUCAAAUGUUUGCUUCAUUUUUUCAAUUGCCUCAAUUUUUACAACCAUCACAAUCUACAAAUUCACAAAUUGCUUUUUCUUUAUCUCAAGUUCUAACAAUAUUAAAUUUUUUAAAAAAUUUGGAUAUUCAAGAAGGUCGGGUUGAUACUGAAGAAGCAUUUAUACAUUAUUUACCAGGAUUUCAAAGUCAGCGUGUAUCAGUUAAACAUCUUAGUAAUAUGACUGAUGAAGAAUUUAUUAUAUAUGAA